CCACGACCACCAUAAUAACUCCCCAGAGAGCAUCAUCAUCUCAUCCCACAGCCACACACACAAAGAUUUACUGACUCUUCUUCCUGUCAUAGGCAGCCACACAACCCUUUCACGAACAGUGACGCGGUCCCGAAUCCUUAUGAUCCCGGCAACAUUAAACUUGACUAACACCCUGCUGAUGCCAAGACAGGCGAGCGGUACCGGGACCGGGGGUAUGUAGCUCGGGACGGACUGUGCUUGUACUGUACGUGUAAGGGAUUAUUUCCAUUCCGCUUACAAUACUUGUACAAUAGAGGUUGUGUCACACCCUUCUCUCCCCUCCCUUGCCCUCUCUUUCUUUCAAGGGUGGAGGAGAUGCUCUCACCCCUACUCUCUCCCUCCCUUUCUCUCUUCUAAAAUUACGACAUCACCGACCUAUACUAUACAUACAUACAAACCCCUCCAGCAAAACUCGGACCCUCCAAAUACAGUAUGGCCACAAUUAGACCUAUUGAAGGCCGCUCGGUUCACCAAAUACAAUCUGGACAAGUUAUUAGCGAGGGCUUGACCUCUGUUGUUAAAGAAUUGGUGGAGAAUGGAUUGGAUGCUCAUGCUACGUCUAUCGAAGUUAGGUUUAAGAGUAAUGGCCUCGAUGCAAUCGAGGUUAUAGAUAAUGGGGAUGGUAUUUCGCCGGAAAAUUAUGAGAGUAUUGCUCUCAAGCACUGGACUUCCAAGUUGACCUCGUAUGCGGACCUUGAUUCCGUCACCACAUUCGGCUUUCGAGGGGAGGCUUUGUCCUCGCUUUGUGCUCUCUCAGACUUGCAGAUAGUCACCGCGACGGCGUCUGAAGCUCCGAAGGGCACAAAGCUCGAGUUUGAAAUGUCCGGGAAACUCAAGUCUCGCUCCGUCACGGCCGCUCAGAAGGGGACUGCUGUCCUUGUAGAGAAUAUAUUCAAAACGCUCCCGGUUCGCCGGAAGGAGCUGGAGAGGAAUAUCAAGAGGGAGUAUACGAAGGUCUUAGGCAUACUCCAGGCUUAUGCUGGCGUAUGUGUUGGGGUCAAGUUCUCGGUGUUCAACCAGCCGGCGAAGGGGAGGAGAACCCCGGUUUUUGCUACCAAGGGCAAUCCUACCGUUAGGGAGAAUGUCUCAAAUGUUUUUGGGGCAAAAGCUCUGUCCGCCUUGGUCCCAAUGAAUUUGGAGUUUGAAAUGAAGCCUACGAGGAAGGGAUUUCAGAAGGCAGCAAAACCCAGUGAAAAAAUGAUCAAGAUAGUGGGCUUUAUAUCACGGCCUGUCGUUGGGGAAGGCAGGCUGGCCCCUGAUCGUCAGAUGUUCUUCGUCAACGGAAGGCCUUGUAUGCUACCCCAGGUUGCUCGUGCUAUAAACGAAGUGUACAAGCAUUUUAAUGUGACCCAAUCGCCAUUCAUAUUUGCCGAUAUCCAGCUUGAUACUAAUGCAUACGACGUCAACGUUUCUCCCGACAAGAGGACCAUCCUCCUGCACGAUCAGGCGGAAAUGAUGGAGUCAUUAAAAGUUUCACUGACGGACUUAUUCGACAAUCACGAACAAACUGUCCCGAAUUCAGUGACCCAGUCAAAAACGCAAAACUUGAAGCAGAUGACUCUAGAUAAAACUCCUGCCAAACCCGCGCAAGCAAUGCAGCAAGUAAUGGAAGAUGAUUCCGCCGAAGAGGAUGACGCAAGUUAUUAUGCCCCACCCAAAUUACUGAACAUUCUCAGUUCAUCGCCUUCCCGUGCUGCCGCUUUUGAUUCUCUCUCGUUGGGACAGUCUACAGCAGCAGGUUCUGAUCCAAAAGGGAAAGGCAAAGAAACCCAUCCAACACCCUCCUUUCGGAGCAUCAAGAAUCCCGAUAAAGUUAGUGGGCCAUCCGGAGGGCCUGAUGCUGCUGAUUAUGAAGAUCCUGAAGGCAUGGAAGAAGAUGUUAUGCUCCCGUCUCUGCGCCUAGAGUCUCAAGGCUUAGUUCACCGAGCUUCUACGAGCGCUGUUCCCGCUGCUUCACAUAGGUCUCCUAGGAGGCCGCAGCAGGGUCCGGCAACAAUAAAGAUUGGUGAUCGGGAGCCGGUAACUUCUGGGGGGGACAGCCCCCCACACUCGCCCACUAAGCGGAGGAAGACGGGUAAUGGGCCGGCGAGCAGGAAGGGGAAGACAACCGGCAUUUCUAAGUUCUCCAGUACACUUAGUCGGUUCGCAGCGCCGGGAACUGAACUGCCACUCCCGACCACGGACAACGAGGAGUCUGAAGACGGUGAUCAUCUUAUGGAUGAGGAUGAUAAUUCAGAAGUUGUAGAGGGUGAAGAGAGCAGCAGCGAGGCGGUUCGGGAUGGUAGGGCGGAGGAGCCGGCGACAGAUAUUAUGGCGCUAGAUGGGGGUGAGAAAGGUGGCGAUUGUAGAGAUGACACCGAAAUGACUGCGGUCGAGCCAUCCACUAAAGAUGAUUCUCCCCUAUUCCUCCCAAACCUGAACCCCGAUGUCGACCCUGACGAUUCUGAGGAGGACGAAGAGACCGCCCUACAAUCCCCCGCCUCCUCCUCCGAUGCAUACGUCGAAGGGGGCUAUAUAGACGAAGAACAAAACCGUCAGCAAACCGCUCAAAAAGCCGAACGCCUCCUUAAAGAAGCCGAAGAGAAGCCUACACAGCCUACUACCGAAUCCCUCGAACGGGCCUUGCGAAUCCUAGAAGACUCGCACAAAAUCUCUACGAAGAAUGCGGUCCGCUUCGUCCCUACCUCAAUCAACAAGCUGCGAGACCGAGUGCAUGAAUUAUCCAAGGUUGCCUCGACCGUAAAAUACAUCGCGUCACCGGGCCGGGGUGAGACUGGGCUGGAAGAACGCGAUGAUGUCGCUGAAGAACGCCUAAACCUAGCCGUCACAAAGCAAGAUUUCUUCGAAAUGCAAAUAAAGGGGCAAUUCAACAAAGGAUUCAUACUAGCAACUCGGGCCGACGACCUCUUCAUAAUAGAUCAACACGCCAGUGACGAGAAGUACAAUUUUGAAAAACUACAGCAGGUGACAAUCGUGCAGAACCAGCGGCUGGCAGUACCGAAAAAGUUGGACCUGAUGGCGGUGGACGAAAUUGUUGUGAUCGAUCACAUAGAUACUUUCAAGAAGAAUGGGUUUGUGAUAGAGGUUGACACCGGUGCGCCCGUUGGGGAGAAAUGCAAGCUUAUUAGUUUGCCGAUAAGCAAGGAGACCGUGUUUGGUUUGGAUGAUCUGGAAGAGUUAAUCCACCUAAUAAGCGAAGACCCCGGGAACUCCGCCGUACGCUGUUCGAAGGUGCGAAAGAUGUUUGCUAUGAGGGCAUGCAGGAAGAGCGUCAUGGUUGGAAAAGCACUUACGGAGAAGGGGAUGGAGAAACUCGUCAAGCACAUGGGAGAGCUAGAUAAACCCUGGAACUGCCCGCACGGAAGGCCAACGAUGAGGCACUUAUCGGAUCUAGGUCGGGCAAAGUACUGGAGGGGUAGGGAUCAGGAGAGAUACGGUGGGUUGAAGUGGGGAAGUGAGUCGUGGGCGGAGACGCGGCUGGCGAUUGAAGCGGCGGCUGAGUGAUGAGUUGUGAACGGGUGAUAGGUUAUGAAUGCUGGUGGAGUUUGUGCAAUUUAGCGGUUCUGAGCCUCUAUAUUUUUUAGAGAGCUAUUUUUGCGACAUCAGGUUGGAGAAGUGUCAUAUGGUAUGGUUUUGCUGCUGUUGUGGAUUUCAAGGAGGUGAUAUACGGUAAUGUCUUUGUAAAUCCUAUAUAAAGGUAUCAUACCAGGUCAGAACG